AUGUUCUCUGCAGAGCAUGAGUUUAUUCAACAGAAGUUGCAGACGAUGCUCCAACAUGGGUUAAUCGCACUAGGAGCCAAAAGAGUUCUGGAGGUAUUUGGAGGAAACUCAGAACAGAUAUACCAAACUUGGAAAAUAUCUUUACACUUUUUAGACGAUCUUACCGAUGAAGACUAUAAUAACAAAUUCCUACCAUAUACCCAAACCAGUUUAGAGUUCGUUACCUAG